AUGCAGGGAACCGCGUUGGAUAAGUUGUACACGUUCGGCCUGUUCUUCAUGAUCUUCGCGUGGACGCAUGGGGUAGCCGUGGCCGAAACGCGGCUCCUUGAGGUCCCCGAUUUUUCCGAGUUUCCCGCGCCCGAAGUCCGCGAACUGAGCCAUUCUGUCAGCAUCAGACUGCUCCACGCAGACGAUUAUGGGAUGGGCAUCGACCAUGCGGGCUGCGCGGAACGGAUCGACAUUCUGCUCGAUGUCUACGUCGAACGCUGGCCGCAGUUCGCGCAGUGGGCGGAUGAUCCCGACUGGCGGAACUAUUGGGCCGAUUAUUUCGGAAAGACCGUCUAUCGCGGCGAAAUCGGCUGCCAUUUCGUCAAUCCCAUCGUGGCGUUUCUACGCCGGGACGGCACGUAUCGCACCGAUGUCGAACCGGCCGACCGCAUACCGCGCUGGUGCGGCCGCUGGCGGGACGGGCAGCCGACGAUCGAAGAGGAUCAUACGGUCGCCGCGCUCAUCGAACUGGCCUUCGAAGACGCCAUUCCGGCGGCGGCAAGCGAACUCUAUGUGAUGUCCCAAUCGCACUUCCGGUCCUACGGGCAUCUGGUCGCGAUGAACCCGGACGUGCUGCUGCUGCUGAUGGAGCGGUCGAAAGUGAUGGCCGACCGGCGGAACUUCAUCUUCGCUUUCAAGCUGAACGAGGAGGAUAGCCGCUAUGGCAUGCUGCACAUGGUGCCGGACGCGCGCCGCGCCGCGGUGGAAGAGGCGGCAUGGAACGGGGACUGGCGGUCGAUCCUUGAGACCACGGGCCCCUGCCGGCCGCGCGAUGUGGUGAUGCGGGAGGCCGGCCUGCCGCAGCGGCGCUAUUGA